UUUGCUUGAUACCCGGUAGUGUUACUGCAGUACGUAAAUCGAAUUUAAUAAUUAGAUACUUUAUUCACUCCUGGUACGCUGAAUUGUCGAAUUGGGUUUUCACGUUUAAGGAUUGCAAGAAAAUGCUCAAACUGAACAAAUUCAAGGUUAUCGCACAAGGAGCUCGCCGGUACUCGACCAAACGGAAUGAUGUGGUAAUAGUGGCCGCGACUAGGACUCCGAUUGGAAGCUUUCAGAGUUCACUGUCCUCGCUGUCCGCGACCCAACUGGGUGCAAUUGCUGUGCAGGGUGUUGUCAAGCAGGCUGGUAUCGCUGGAGAGGACGUCCAGGAAGUAUACAUUGGCAAUGUGAACGGCGCCGGGUUAGGUCAGGCCCCGGCCAGACAGGCGGUAAUAUUUGCUGGUCUUCCAAAAAGUACCAUCUGUACUACGGUAAAUAAGGUGUGUUCGUCAGGAAUGAAGAGUGUGAUGCUGGGCGCACAGACUUUGAUGCUCGGUCAGCAGGAAGUUGUCGUUGCUGGAGGAAUGGAAUCGAUGUCCAACGUGCCGUAUUAUCUGAAACGUGGAGCCACGCCCUAUGGAGGAGUUCAAUUACAGGACGGUAUUGUUUUUGAUGGACUGACAGAUGUGUACAACAAGUUUCAUAUGGGCAACUGUGCUGAGAAUACCGCUAAAAAAAUGGGUAUAACCCGGCAAGAUCAGGAUGAGUUUGCUCUGAGUAGCUACAAGCGAAGUGCAGCUGCAUGGGCGUCGAAUGCUUUUGAUGCGGAAAUCACACCAGUUACUAUUCCUGGAAAACGUGGCAAACCAGACAUUGUUGUCAAGGAGGAUGAGGAAUAUAAACGUGUUAAUUUUGAUAAGUUUGGUCAACUGGCGACGGUUUUCCAACGGGAAAACGGGACGGUCACUGCGGGGAAUGCUUCUACCUUGAACGAUGGUGCUUCCGCUCUUGUCUUGAUGACCGCCGAAGCGGCAGAAAAAUUCAAGUGCAAACCACUGGCUCGAGUGGUUGGUUUUGCCGAUGCUGAAACAGAUCCGAUUGAUUUUCCGAUUGCUCCUGCGCUGGCCAUUCCAAAAUUACUUCAGCAAACCGGAAUACGCAAGCAAGAUGUUGCAAUGUGGGAAAUUAAUGAAGCCUUUUCCGUUGUGGUUGUCGCAAAUCAGCGUAAGUUGGAUAUUGAUCCUGCUAAGAUCAACAUUCAUGGAGGAGCCGUAUCGCUGGGUCAUCCAAUUGGUAUGUCUGGUGCGCGCUUGGUCACUCAUCUAACUCAUUCGUUGAAAAGUGGUGAGGUUGGCUGUGCUUCUAUUUGUAACGGAGGUGGAGGCGCUUCGUCGAUCCUGAUCGAAAAACUAUGGAACCCUGUUCCUGUUACUGGCCAAUGUAAACCGGUGUUAACACUGUUCACCCACAAUCAAUGUUCUUUAUGUGAUGAUUUGGUUACAGAAUUGGAAAGCAAGUUUGCCGAACGUUACCGAUUGGAGAAGAUUGAUAUUACCGAGAAAUGCAACAUCAAGUAUCUGCGACUCUAUCGGAACGACAUUCCAGUACUGUUUCUUAAUGGUCAAUUCUUGUGUAUGCAUCGUCUGAAUUCUCAACUACUGGAGCAAAAAUUGGCAGAGCUUGAGUUGAAAUAAACGGUUUCUACACCGGAAUGAGAUUUUUUGAUUCAAACUUAAAUAUAAAGCAUGUGCGUUGCAAGCAAAUGAUUGUUGGCAACAGGAGUUCACAACUACAAUACU